CCCAUCACACUAUCAGUAGGCACUUCUACUUUCUCGCUUCGUGGAAUUCAGCUAUGGCAAUUCACAAACGAAUCCCUAAUUUUAUCUUUCUGAUCAUCGUCUCUUUCUUCGUCAUUGCCUCUGCUGAAGUGUUCUUCGAAGAACGCUUCGAUGAUGGAUGGGAAAGUCGAUGGGUAAAAUCUGACUGGAAGAAAGAUGAGAACUUGGCCGGGGAAUGGAAUUACACUGCUGGAAAAUGGAAUGGCGAUCCUAAUGACAAAGGUAUACAAACAAGUGAAGACCACAGGUUCUACGCUAUUUCGGCUAAGUUCCCUGCAGUUAACAACAAGGGCAAGACUCUAGUAUUCCAAUUUUCUGUCAAGCAUGAGCAGAAGAUUGAUUGUGGUGGUGGCUAUAUGAAACUGAUUAGUGUUGACAUUGACCAGAAGCAAUUCGGUGGUGAAACCCCAUACAGCAUUAUGUUUGGGCCUGAUGUAUGUGGAAGCAUCAAGAGAACACAUGCUAUUCUUCACUACAACGGGACAAACCACUUGAUCAAAAAGGAAGUUCCGUGUGAGACUGAUCAACUCACUCAUGUUUACACAUUUAUCCUCCGUCCAGACGCUACCUUUAGCAUUCUUAUUGAUAAUGUUGAGAAACGAAAAGGUAGCUUCUACACGGAGUGGGAACUUCUCCCACCGAAGAGAAUCAAGGAUCCCAAUGCCAAGAAGCCUGAAGAUUGGGAUGACAGGCAACAAAUCCCUGAUCCUGAAGACAAGAAACCAGAUGGCUAUGAUGACAUUCCAAAAGAGAUUGCUGAUCCUGAUGCUAAGAAGCCUGAAGAUUGGGAUGAUGAAGAAGAUGGUGAAUGGACACCCCCAACGAUUCCCAACCCAGAGUACAAGGGUCCGUGGAAGCCAAAGAAAAUCAAGAACCCCAACUACCAGGGCAAGUGGAAGGCACCAAAGAUCGAUAACCCAGAUUUCAAGGACGAUCCCGAUCUUUAUGUUUAUCCCAACUUGAAGUAUGUUGGCAUCGAACUGUGGCAGGUGAAAUCUGGAACACUCUUUGACAAUAUCUUACUUGCUGACGAUGUAGAGUAUGCUAAAAAGCUAGCUGAAGAAACAUGGGGCAAGCACAAGGAUGCCGAGAAGGCUGCAUUUGAGGAGGAAGAGAAAAAGGACGGCACUGUAGUUUCGGAUGCCGAAGACAACGACGAUGAAAGUGACGGUGGUGAUGGAAGUGAGUCUGAUUCCGAAAGCAAAUCAGACACAAGCAACGACAGUAGUGAGAAAGAGAAGGAUGCACGUGAUGAGCUUUAAGACGAAUAUCAGUGCAGUACCUUGGCCUCAAUUUCGCAAUAGAAAAAGCGCCAUGAAAGUGCUCAUAAAGAAGUUCCCGUCUUUUAGUAUUUGUAGCUUUAGGGCGUAGGGAAGAUGGAAUUAAAGGCUGCAUUGGA